GCAUGAAUGCGCGCAGGUAUCAAGAAGAUUCUCGUUGCUCGCAUGAUGUCUUAUCCACUGGCGGAUAGACUGUAUAAAACACCUCGGCCAAUCGAGCAAAUUCUUGUCGUUCGUUUCCCCACGUCUCUCUGAACUCCACACACCGCACCUUCAUUCUCGCAAUGGCGACCAUAAAACUUAGCAAGACCUUGGAGGUCUCUAUCUGUGUUGAGUCUCCGGUCCUCGCCACGGCGGCCCCAAACAACACUGCCGGCGUAACAUCGACAGUAUCUCUCACAGACGGCACCUACUGGACUGUGACACUGACACGAAACGGCGACAUUCUAACUGUCAGCGUGUCUUGGAACCGUAAGGAUCUUAGUGUGGCGGACUCAAACAUGUACAGAUCUUUGUCCAUUAUUCCUCGUGUCCGACCAAGUGACUUCACAACUGCUGCCAUUAGUGCUGUUUCCUUGCAAGGCGGCUCCGCUGUUCAAGGUAAGGAGUGGCCGAUGGUAAAAGACUUAAAAGUAGGAAAUGAUAGUUGUGCUAAUGGCGAAAAAAACCCCCCUUCAAAUAUAAUAGGAACGAUUGAUGUGGAGACGGUAUCUUCUAAUGAAAAGUACCUCUUUGACAUCGUGCUCUCCACCGGCGAGCAACCGCUCAGGAAGCCAGUCAAGCUCUUUGGUUCUGAGGCGAGGAUCCGCGACACAAUGAAGAUUCUACUCAAGGACAGCCACUCAGUUGACGUGUGCUUUAUCUUUGAUGCGGGAAAGGAAAAGACCAACGCGAACGUCGGUCUGUGGGCGCAUAGCGCUAUCCUUUCACGCUACAAGGUCUUUGCUCAGAAGAUCCAAGAAGCAUCCAACAUCAUUCCGGCCAAUGCUGGUACGGAAGUCGACAGUGGGGCGGAUACUGCGACCGAGGACGCGCAUGAAGGUGGGAACAAUGAUGAGGAUGUGGUCGAUUUGGGCACAAUCUCCACUGGAACCUCCCAGGCACCAUCAAUGCCCUCUCCCCGUGGUAAUAACGGCCCCGCGCUGCUUUCGAUUCCUGUCGAAAAGUUCUCGUUGGCGACCUUUUGCGUUCUCCUAUGGCACAUUUACACCGGCGAGCUCAAACUCUCCAUCGACGUGAACCAGUACGCCAUCUGCACGAUUGAAAGCAAGCUUUUGGGAUCUGAACCCCCCAAAACCAAGAAACAGCAACAGGCAAAGCGCCGCUACUAUCAGGACUCCGUUCGCUGGAACCCUUUGGACCCGAAGUCGCCUUGGAAGUUCAGGGACGUGACCUGGGCAGAGCUGCUAGUCGCAGCUGAUUACUUUGGCAUCACAGACUUGCGGCCUCAUUGCGAGCAGGCCGUGGUGAGCGCGAUUGAUACAAGCAAUGUGCUCGAGACCCUGUUCACAGUCGGGUGCAAUUUUGAGAAGGUGAGAAAAGCGGCAGUGGAUUUUAUGGUCAAGAACAUGUCGACACUGGUUCAGGAGGGCAAGGAUCCUUUUGCGCCCUACAAGAACCACCCGGAUUGCCAUGACAUAAUGUUUGAGAUGAUGCUUCUCAAGGCCAAACCCACUUGAACAUACAUGGCACGCAGCGCUGGACAACAUUUUUUCCCCGGAUUUUCUUGCAAACUGUAUAUAGCUUUCCAAGCACGAUUUUCUUUAUGUUUUUUUUUUCUUCAUUUGAGAUGAAGUUGCUCUGAUAGCACUCAUACUGCAAUAAAAUGGAUAUUGUAUUUCCGCCUUC